AAACAUGUCGAGUAUCUUAUAAAAGAUAGUACUUGUUUGUUUUUUUCAUGCACUACUACUUUGUCCACCAUGAAACUUUGUACUAGAGGUUUAUCUACAAAUCUAAAAGCUCCAAUCUUUGGCAAGAAUUCAAAAUCAGCUUCAACUGUAAAAUGGGUAGUACCUCAGUUUCAGAUUGAAUUUCCAGUUGCGUUAUCUACUAUUUCAGUUCGUUGCGCCCGUUCUUCAGUUCAUGUUUCAUCGCCAGUUAUUCAGUCUGAUGUUGAUUCAAGCACACUUCAUAUUCCUGAAGAAAACUUAGAGAAAAAUGUAGAGAAGGUAAUUUAUUGCUGUCGGUUUUUCGCAAUUCUUGCAGUGUGGGGUUCCUUGAUUGGAUCAUUUCUUUGUUUUAUCAAGGGUUGCUCGUGUGUGGUAGAAUCAUUCCAAGCCUACUUUGCAACCAGAACCAAGGUUAUUGUGUAUCUCGUUGAGGCUCUAGAUAUAUAUUUAUUAGGGACAGUGAUGUUAGUGUUUGGGAUGGGACUGUAUGAGCUCUUCAUCAGCAACCUUGACAAAGGAAAAUCCAUGUCAACUCCACAUAGAUCAAAUCUCUUCGGCAUGUUCACUCUUAAGGAACGACCGAGAUGGUUGGAAAUAACUACAGUGAGCGGGCUAAAAACCAAAAUCGGCCAUGUUAUCGUGAUGCUUCUUCCCAUAGGCUUGUUUGACAAAAGCAAGAGGGCUGUUCUAAACUCACCAUUUGAUCUACUUUGCUUCUCAGCUUCUUUGCUCUGGCUGCCUCUAUCUGCUUUCAAAACUCACCCAUGACAACUCACUAUUUUUAAACACAAAUGCAUGCAUUUCAUGAUGAGAUUGUAAAAUAUAAACAUCCAUCUGUUCUUUUCUAAUGAAACUGGCAACUCUCUUUUAUAACAUUCCCCUGUUAUUUCUGUGGA